AGGUGGGAUUAGGGGAUUGACAGCGACCUGCUCUUCCCUGCCAUUCAAGAAAUCUCCCUCGAAGCCUCCGAGUCUCAACUACCUAUCCACACACCUACAGUCGGGCAUAUGCCGCGGAGCCGUUCGUCUCUAUUCAACUUUGUUCUUCAAUCCGACGCUCCGUCUUACUAGAUACUGAUCUGCCUCUGCUGUUGGCUCAUGGAGCCGUUGGAUUGAUCAAUCCUUCGCCUCUGCUAAGUCCAAAUUUCCGGCCAUGCACGUCGAUUUCGUCCUCUGAAGAUUGAAGAUGAAACAGGCGAAGAAGCUCCCUCUGACCAGCCAAUGUCACCACUGGACUCGCCUGGCUGAGGUGCCAUGGGAUCUGCAGAAGUACUGGCAACAGAGAUAUACCAUAUUCCCCUAUUACAACGAUGGCAUCUACAUGACCGAAGCCGCAUGGUAUGGUGUCACACCCGAGCCAGUUGCCACCCGGAUUGCACACGACCUGGCUUCUGUCGUUAGUCCGUCUAAGGCUACUGUCGUCGAUCUAUUCGGUGGUGUGGGAGCGAACGCCAUAAGCCUAGCGUUGGCGACAUGUGAAGAUGGUGAAACUCCUCGAUGGAGUAAGGUGAUUGCCAUCGAGUUAGACGCGCCUACGCUUGCCUGUGCGCAACAUAAUGCUUCACUAUACGGUGUGGCCGAGGACAUCGUAUGGGUUCUAGGUGAUAGCUUCAAAUAUCUACAGCUUCUACUCAACGAUCCGGACAAACUCGGUCCCGAGUUGCGGGUCGAUACAGCAUCCACUGUCCUGUUUGCAUCACCACCCUGGGGCGGUCCCGGAUACAAGACUGACGAGAUAUUUGAUCUGAACACCAUGGAGCCCUACAAUUUGACCCAAUUGCACAGAGCCUACAGAGCUAUGGAUCACGCGCUUUACCUGCCGCGUACCAGCGACCUGAGGCAAAUCGCCAAGCUUGCACCAGCCGGGACGAAGAUCGAAGUCGUGCAAUAUUGCGUCGAGGGCGCGAGCAAAGCGAUGGUUGCGUAUAUUCCUGCCGCCAAAGACGAAGAUGAUAACCAGGACACGUAGCCCAUGCCAGCGCUAUAAGGCUGGAUUUCCCCGUCAAUUGGGUGCGCUUAAUUCGACUGGGCAAUCAGGUCUACAUAACGAGACACAGACCUCACGGGAGUUCUGCGAAUAGCGGAUCACAAAAGCCUGUCAAGUCCAUAUUGCCAAAGCCGUGAAGAGAGAUUCAUACGGAACUGGGCGGCGUUUGCCUUGGGCCAGUGCUUUGUUCGUCGGCUGAGGGAGAACAAUAACCCUCUAUCCUAUACGGACUCGUCCU